GCCGGAGGUUCGCUCACCGAAACGGGAGGCUUAAAGAGACAACAGCGAAGCCGGGCUAGUCUUUAGGGCAAAAUUAAAUCACUUCCAAGACACAAAUAAAGGACCAUGUCACUGCAUCCUACAUAAGGGGCUCAUACGCAGGUAUCAAGAGCAAAAAGGAGUCUUCUGCCUGAACCUGUUACUGCUGGUUCUGUCUGAGUCCGCUUACAGCUGUGUUAGAACAUGAAGAAUGUUCACUGUAUUACUUAAGACUGACUUCAAGGAAACCAUGAGGAGUACAAGGGGACAUUUACUGGUCGCACUUUAGUCCCACUAGCAGGAAUUGUGUAUGUUUUAGUGUUGAGGAGCACAUGUGGGUGGAUGUGUGCGUGCGUGCAUAUGCGUCUGUAUGUAUGCGUAUGCUAGCAUAACCUGCCUGCUUCAGGCAGUAACAUGCUACUCUGAGGGCAACUGUACAGAAAAGGAGUCCCAUCCACCCAAGGAUUAAUGCAAGGACAACGUGUUCAGUGAUACCCACUGCAUCUGCAGAAGACAUCAGUUUCUGCUUCUCUAAAAUCAGCAGUAUAUAUAUAUAUAUAAUUUUAUACCCCCUCACCUGUUUUGUCUUGCCAUCGUCCCCACACAUUCCCUGGGGGUUGUUUUGGAACCUCUCUGUUUUGCAUGGCAGGGGAGUAACCGUGGAGAGGCCAGGGUAUCACAAGCUUAUGGAUUUUGAGAAGAGAGGUGGGAAGGGGGAGACUGAGGAAGGGAAAAGGAUGUCCAAAGCAGCCAGUAGCAGGACUGGUCAUGGGGGCCGGGGAACGGGGACGAACUCUGGGGUCCUCAUGGUUGGCCCCAACUUCAGAGUUGGGAAGAAGAUCGGAUGUGGAAACUUUGGUGAACUGCGGCUGGGCAAGAACCUCUAUACCAAUGAAUAUGUGGCCAUCAAACUGGAGCCAAUCAAAUCUAGAGCACCACAGCUCCAUUUGGAAUAUAGAUUUUAUAAACAGCUGGGAAGUUCAGAGGGAGUUCCUCAGGUCUUCUACUUUGGUCCAUGCGGCAAGUACAACGCUAUGGUUCUGGAACUGCUCGGGCCCAGUCUGGAAGACCUGUUUGACCUCUGCGACCGCACUUUCUCCCUCAAAACCGUCCUAAUGAUAGCUAUUCAACUGAUAACACGGAUGGAGUUUGUUCACACGAGGAGCUUGAUAUACAGAGAUGUUAAGCCAGAGAAUUUUUUGGUGGGGCGGCCGGGCUCCAAAAGGCAGCACACCAUUCAUAUCAUCGACUUCGGGCUUGCCAAAGAAUACAUAGAUCCCGAGACCAAAAAACACAUCCCAUAUCGGGAGCAUAAGAGCCUGACCGGCACAGCCCGGUACAUGAGCAUCAACACACACUUGGGAAAAGAACAAAGCAGGAGGGACGACCUGGAAGCACUGGGCCAUAUGUUUAUGUAUUUCCUGAGAGGCAGUUUACCUUGGCAGGGCUUGAAGGCGGACACAUUGAAAGAGCGCUAUCAAAAAAUAGGGGACACCAAGCGGGCGACACCAAUCGAAGUUCUCUGUGAAAGUUUCCCAGAGGAGAUGGCCACAUAUCUGAGAUACGUGAGGAGACUGGACUUCUUUGAGAAACCAGAUUAUGAUUACUUGAGGAAGCUCUUCACAGACCUUUUUGACAGGAAUCGCUACGUCUUUGAUUACGAGUACGACUGGGUCGGCAAGCCACUACCUACACCUAUAGGCCCCAUCCCAACAGACACAGCCCAGCCCAGCAGCAGGGAGAAAGCACAACCUCAGACCAAAAACCAGGUCAUGAGCUCCACAAAUGGCGAGCUGAACACGGAUGACCCAACUGCAGGACACUCCAAUGCUCCUAUCACUGCACCCACUGAGGUAGAGGUGGCAGAUGACACAAAGUGCUGUUGUUUCUUUAAGCGGAGAAAGAGGAAAGCCCUCCAGAGGCACAAGUGAAGAGCGUUCUUUGAAAAGAACUUGAAACAUUCUGGUCACUGUUAAGUUUGAAAUGCAAGCAAAUACACAAUCUCUCUCUCGGUCUCUUUCUCUCUCUUUCUGUCCUCAUCACACUUUCUUUUAGAAAUGCUUCUUCACCACUUAAUGGAGUGCAAAGAAUGUUGUUGACUCCAAUAAACUCUAGUUCCUUCAAAAUAGAAGAGAAUAAAUGAAGAUACAGAAGAAGAUGUGUAAAGAAUAUCACACAAAUACUCUUAAAAAGAUUAAAUGAACGAGAAUGAUGUGUAAUCCAGUAAUGAUGAUACAAAAAAUAAAAGUUAUUGGUGUAUUCUAGAUUCCAUGCAGAAUGUUUAUUGUUCAUUGUCCAUUGAUCAGGGAAUGAAACAUCAAUGGGCUGAAUGAUAUACGUUUUUCUUAGAAAUAGUUCUUAUUUGUGGCAAACGGGGGCAGGAUUCAACUCUGCACUGGGAAUGACACCCACAAAUUGACAAAAGUAACAGGACACAUUUCAUCUCAAUCAGACUCUGGAGUCUUUUGUUUUUCUGUAAUUACAUUUUUUGGAUUGUUUUCAGCGGAUUCCCUGGGUUGUAAAGCAGUUGUAGUGUUCUGUAUAUGCUUUC